AUGGGUAUUCUUACUGGUCGAGAUGAAGGUAUUAAAUUAUUAGCAGUUUCUGAUCUAGCAUUUAUUGGUACUUUAACAGAUUAUGCCAAAGGUAUGUCAACAAGAUCAUUACCACCAACGGUUCAUUAUACACUUGAAUUUGAUAAAUAUGAACAAAUACUUGGUGCACCUAUUGAAAAUGACGAAUCACAUUUUCAUUAUAUGCAAGCAGGUAGUGGUGGUCAAAUAACUGAUCCAAAAACACAUAAAUUAGUCCCAGCACCUGAACCGAAACGUCUACAAGUGGAUCAACUAUAUUUAGCAUUACUUAAUGAACCACAACAAAUCAAACAACUUGUUGAAAUUACAGCGGAUGAUGUCGAUGCUUUACGACAAGCAGCAUUACAAAAGUAA